CUUGUAUGUGGUUGGUUUCGCUCGGUGUGAAUUAGUAUCAAUCUACUAGCGUACGGAGUUGGCACGUGUCUUCUCUAUGUUAUUCAUCAACGGACAAAUGGGCGUGCUGCCUAGAUUGUUGAGACUCCCAAGCGAGUAUUGUUGGAGUUCCAUGUAGUUUCAUUUGAAUUUUUUGAGUGCGGGCAAGUUAAUUAAACAGAAAAAAGGAUCUGCCCAGCGUGCUACAAACAAUGUCCAGCGGAGACCUGACUGAAAUUAGACAACCCAGAUCCAGGAAGAUCAGUCAAAUCAGUAGGACUGACAGCGAAGUGGCAUGCGAAGAGGCCGCCCGCCUGACCGCCGAACAGCAGGAUGACGACGAAGAUAUCAUUUAUUACAACGACCUUCCACCACCGCCGGAUGGCGGUUACGGCUGGGUUGUUGUAUUCGCUUCCUUCAUGUGUAACCUAAUCGUCGAUGGAAUCGCUUAUACUUUCGGAGUCUUCCUCACACCCAUGAUGAAUCACUAUGGAGAGACCAAGGGUAAAACAGCCUGGGUGGGAUCGUUACUUUCUGGAAUGUACCUGAGCGCUGGUCCGUUGGUCAGCGCAUUGACCAACAAAUUCGGAUGCCGAGCAGUCUGCAUUUCCGGCGGCCUGUUGUCUACGGUAGCCUUCGUGUUGUCAAUUUUUAGUCCAUCAGUAAAUUGGUUAAUGUUAACGUACGGAUUCGUCGGUGGUAUAGGAUUCGGUUUAAUUUAUCUACCUGCUGUAGUGUGUGUAGGUUACUAUUUCGAAACUAAAAGAUCACUAGCCACGGGAAUAGCGGUGUGCGGAUCGGGAGUCGGGACGUUCGCGUUCGCACCGCUCGCGGAUAUUUUACUUCAAGCGUACGGAUGGCGCGGGGCGAAUUUAAUUUUGGCCGGGUUUAUUUUGAAUUGUGUUUUGUUCGGGGCGCUGAUGAGACCGCUGACGUAUCCCAAAGAGUCGACGGAAAAACCGUUACUUAUAAGAAUGGCCGAAGAACGAAGGAUCCAGAUGGAAAGGGGCAGCAUAGGGGGCUCGUAUUUCAUGGUUCAACUUCCUGACGGCACUAUGGAGAGGAGGAUGAAGCAACCUCUUAACAUUGAUCCAGGUGUGCACUCCAGCCUGAAUUUGGACCAGCUUGCCCCUGGUACGCCCAUUACUCCAAUCCCGACCGUUCCGACACUGCCAACUAUAGCGGAAGUAAAGGUCACUGAACACAGCGGAAGUUCCGGCAGCCCCAGUCCGGGCGACAGCACCGCCGAAAUCAAACACCCCCGCGUUGCGGAGCUCAAAAACAAGGUGGUAGCCGAAAAUAAAGACCCGAAAAUGCCACGCAAUGCUAGUCAACCUGCUUUUUCGUCACAUGUUCAGGGGCUACCCAAAAACGGUUCAGUGCCGACAUUCGAUAGGGUGAGGAAGACAUCGCUGAGCGAACGAUUUAAGCCAACUUUGAAUCCCAUAAAAUCGUUGUCGCGCGGCAGCAUUGGAUCCAAUAGCGAUAUGAAAAAACUGAGAAAUACAUCAAACGCAUCGUUUCUAAGCAGAAACAAUAAUAGCGAGGUCGAUGUGGAGAGUUUAGCAUAUACUUCAAAACUAUCUUUGGCGAGAGAAAAAAGUAACAUGGUCCGUCCCCUCUCAAGGAAAGAUAUAUUUUACUCAGGUUCAGUUACCAAUCUUCAAGAAUAUCAUCAGUCUCAAAGAUCGUUGACCAAUUAUCGACAAAGUAUAAUGAGCAUACCAAAAAUUAAACAAUUAGAAGAUGAGGGAUCGCCUGGAGAUAUUUGCCCAUGCCUGGUCUUGCCCGACAGCUUUAAAUCUGCACUGUCCCAGAUGAUGGAUAUGAGCCUAUUAAAAGACCCAGUUUUCAUGGCCAUUGCUAUCUCAAAUCUUUUUGGAAUGGCCGGCUUAUAUGUUCCUUUUGUUUAUUUGGUUGACUGUGCAAUCGAAGAUAAAAUAGAGGCAACAAAAGCUUCAUUUUUACUCUCAAUAAUUGGUAUUACCAACACCAUAGGACGUGUAGCUUGUGGAUACUUUGCCGAUUUUCCUCAAGUCAACGCUUUGUUGGUCAACAACAUUUGCCUGGUAAUUUCCACGGUCGCAGUCGCUGCCACUCCGUUGUGCCAUACCUACCCUAUGUAUAUUUUGAUGGCUAUUGCAUUUGGAAUUGCCGUUUCUGGUUAUAUUUCAUUAACGUCGAUUAUACUUGUUGAUCUGCUUGGACUCGACAAGCUUACCAACGCGUUUGGACUUCUAAUUCUGUUUCGCGGGGCGGCAGCCAUUGUUGGUUCCCCUCUUGCUGGUGCCUUGUACGACGCCACGAAUUCUUACGCUGUUCCGUUUUACGUCGCCGGUGGCUUGUUUGCCAUAUCUGCCAUUACUAGUUUCAUGGCGCCUUACUUGAAGAGAUUUUCGAACUCUGAUGAAGAACCCCAAGGAGAAGGUGAUGCCUUAACACCAAUAGAUGAGGAUGAUGAAGAGGAUGAACCAAUAACUAUGAGCCAGGGAGGGAGAAAUCUUCCAAAAAUCGUUGAGACUGCAUCAAGUCCAAAUGACAAAGAAAUUAAACAAAUUGAAUCUGUGCUUUAAAUUUCUAUUAUUUAGUGAAAAGUACUUACAAAUUUUUUUGUUGGUGCUCAAAAAUUUCGUAUUACAUGGAAGAAACUGGAUGUGUAUUGUAUGUAAGCUUUUGUAUAUAAACUCUUGGAAAAGUUAAUCUUAUUAGGCCAAAUUUUUCAUUUAUUCUCUUAAUUCUUUUUUAAUGUAAAUAUUUACCAGUAAAAUUGUUAUAGAUACUUAAUUUUAAGAAUAAGAAAUGUUAUAAAAAGUAACUAAAGCAUACAUGUCUUUUAUUGUUUACUAACCUGUACAAUAUGGCCAGUCAG